AGCUAUUUGCUGAAGCGGAUUAGGGUUUCUGCGUCGGCUAGUUUGGAAGGAGGAGAGCAGAGGACACAGGGGCGAGGCGAGGAGGAGAACAAGCUAUGGGCGCGCCGAAGCAGAAGUGGACGUCGGAAGAGGAGGAUGCGCUCCGCGCCGGCGUGCGCAAGCACGGCGCAGGCAAAUGGCGGACCAUCCAGAAGGACCCCGAGUUCAGCCCGGUCCUGUCCUCCCGCUCCAACAUCGACCUCAAGGACAAAUGGAGGAAUUUAAGUUUCAGUGCAAGUGGACUGGGAUCAAGUAAAGUACGGGUUCCAAGGAUAACUGGACCCACAUCUUCCCCAUCGCCUAGUGCACAAGCUCUGCUUCUCCCAGCGCCAAAUAAAGUUACUGAAGCUACACUGCCUGCAGAUGCUGAGAAAAAGCCACAAGAUGGGAAAACUCCGCCAAAGUAUGGUGUCAUGAUCAUGGAAGCUCUUUCGGAAUUGAAUGAGCCGAAUGGUUCAGAUAUGGCUGCAAUCCUCCGCUUCAUAGAGGAAAGGCAUGUGGUGCAACCGACCUUUAGAAGAUUUCUAACCUCAAAGUUACGGCGACUUGCAGACUCAAACAAAAUUGUAAAGAUCGAUAAGUCUUAUAGGCUCCCAGAUUCCUUUGCAACAAGGACUCCAGCUCCAAAACAGAAGGAUCCAUCAAAGCCAUCGAAGGUGUCAAAGACCAUAGGAUUAUUUACUGCCUCCAGCCCUGCACUAGAGGCAGCGAUGGCAGCUGCUGUCAAGGUGGCUGACGCGGAGGCAAAAGCACAUGACGCACAUGAUCAGAUGAUGGAGGCAGAAAGGAUCCUCAAGAUGGCUGAGGAUACUGAGUCUCUCCUCACAAUUGCAGUAGAGAUCUAUGACCGAUGUUUAAGGGGAGAGAUAACCACAAUAGUGGCGCAAAGGGAUGUUUGAGAUCUAUUGGAGACUCUCGUCCUGUACAUGGAUAUGUUCUGGAAUCCAGUGGCCCGUAUUGCUCCUGUGUUGUAUAAUUAUCAGUUUGUGCUGUACUUGAGUAUGUCCUAGGGUUAACUAAAUAACAUCAAGGCACCGCCUGUCUUUAAACUUCUGUAAUAUGUAAUCCCAUCGUUCCCAGCCUGUCACUGCAAGCUGCGAUCGUGAAUCCUGAUGGCAGUAAUGUUUUUUAAUUACAUGAUGAGAGAACAGAGAAGGAAGAAGUGUUUUAAACAGAUGAAGUAGGGUAGGAAGGUAAAACGUUCCUGGUAUAAGAUAAUAUAUAACUUGUGCCGCACUUGUAUCUUUCAAUUCGAGAAUGUUGUGUUCUGUACUCUGUUCGACCCUUGUUCA